AUGUCUACUACAGUACAUAGUCUUCGUAGAAUAGUUCCUUUACAGAAUACGGACGAGAUGCGAAUGACCCGACAGAAUCUUCUUAAGAGAAUGUCUGAUACGGAACUUACAGCUCUUGCUGCUGUGCUUCAAGGGGGUAUACGGUCAGAUAGAGCCAGCUGUUAUAAAUAUAUUAUACGCGCCUUGAACAACACUGUUGGAGACUCCCUGCGCGACACUGUAAACAGGGUACAAGAGCUACAAGGAUCGAGAUUUAAACAGUUGCUAGAUGCCCUUAUCUCAAUAGGAGAAUAUGAAAAGAAAUUCAAUGACAGGCUAUUGGGUGAGUAUCUCCAAUAA